ACCGAUAUGUUUCCACCGGGGCGAUGGCUUCUCCCGAUGUUCUGGCUGAUUUCGAACGCGAUCUGCUGGAUACGCGGAGCGCGAAUUCUCCUCAUCGCCCCCUUCGAGACGCAUUCGCAGUGCAUGCUAAUGACACCCUAUAUAGAGGCCCUAAACGAUCGGGGUCACCAGCUGACGGUGAUUCAUGCGUACAAACACUGCAAACUCGUUGAAAAUGUAACCUUUAUACGUAUAAGGGAUAAUAAUAACGUCUUUUCAGAUUUUGAAGAUGUCAUGGCAAUCUCACCGUCGGCCAACAAAUGGGGAGAAAUGAAUUCCAUGACGAAAUUAAUGGUAAACUGUUCGCUCAAUAUACUCAAUAAUUUGGAAGUUCGAUCCUUAUUGCAAUCGAAUACCACAUUCGACUUGGUGGUUGUGGAACCUGGUUUUACCGAUGUGCUUUUCGGGUUUGCAGUUCACUUCAAUGCCCCGCUAAUCGGACUUUCCACAUGUGUAUCUGAUUGGAAUACCUAUAACAUGGUGGGCCAUGCAAGGUCAAUUCUGGAUGAGCCAAUAUUGCCCAUUGAAUUCAAACCUGCUCGAAAUGUUUGGGAUCGCAUUUACAAUUGGUUUUAUACCACCGAAGAGUGGCUGUUGUUGAACUUAGUUUUUCUACCGAAGCUGCGUCAAGUUUACGACCACUUCUUUGGCCAUUUGGAGCAGGGCUUUAUGGAGAUCCGACACGACUUCUCACUCAUUCUGCUGAAUCAACACUUCAGCUUGUUUAAGGCCAGGUCGAGUGUACCGCGCCUUAUCGAGGUGGCUGGCUUUCAUAUCCCCAAGGAGAAUCCAAAACUUCCUGAAGAUCUUCAGGCAUUCAUUGAUGGGGCAGAACAUGGUGUAAUCUACUUUGCUUUGGGUGUGGAGCAGGAGAGUAUGGAUUUGCCGGAGGAAACAAAGACCGUUUUGGUAGAGAGCUUCAAAUCAAUGCCACAGCGAGUGAUUUGGAAAUUUGAGGGCAAUCCUCCAAAGAGCUUAGGUAGUAACAUCUAUGUAUCCAAACUUUUGCCACAGCAAGCCAUUUUAGCACACCCCAAUGUUAAGCUCUUCAUAAGUCAUGGCGGAAUGCUCAGCGUAAUUGAGGCUGCCUAUUAUGCGAAACCCGUCCUGGGAAUGCCUCUGUUCUUCGAUCAAUUCAGGAACUUGGAAGUGAUAGAAGAAAUGGGUGCAUCCCUGAGCUUGAACCUUAACAGCAUGACAAGAGAGGAACUAAGGGAUGCAGUGGAUCGUUUGAUAAAUCAAUCAAAAUACAGAGAAAAUGCCCUGACUGUUUCUAGAAGAUUUCGGGAUCAGCCCAUGCAUCCCUUGGAAACUGCUGUCUAUUGGACCGAGUAUAUCCUACGCUAUAAGGGAGCCAAUCAUAUGAAAGUAUCCCCAUCGCAGGUGAAGCUGUUUGAAUACUAUUCCCUGGACAAGUUCUUGAUGGUCGGAGUACGGAUAUCCCUGGUGGUCGGCAUCGUUUUCCUGGUUCUAUCCAAAGGAAGGUGUUGCCUGGGUCAUUUGAUCACGUUUUUGAAGCCAUAUUUGCCCGUUAUUGGCAUUCAACGUAAUAACGAUGUGAUAAGCUAAAGAAUUUGUACGUUUAAGUGUUGCUUUUUAAGAAAAAGUUUUUUGUAAAAUAGUAUUUUAGUUUGUUUCUUUCAAAAUUUAUUUAUUUUUAAUAUUUAAAAGAAAUGCAAUUUAUUACAAGUUUUAU